AUGGAAGAGGAUUUGAGUCUAUCUCAUAGCUGCACACCACCCGAACCACCAGUUCGAUCUUCCAGCACUAUGCAUCGACAUCCCUUGAAGGUUGCACCCAAAAAACCACUCCCAGAUCUGCCAAAGAAAGCUGGAAGAAGCAGAAUUAGAUUAUUCAGGUUACCUAAACUGACUAGUGAUCCGAAAAUUUCUUCUCCGUUAUGCGUUAGUCAUGAACUACACGUGGUUUAUGAUGAAAAUACCGGAGAAUUCAGAGGAAUGCCUGAGGAGUGGUUGGAAUGGUUACAUGCCGCUAAUAUAUCAUUUCAAGAGCGUGAGCAAAACCCAGAGCUCGUUAUCGAAGUUUUGCAGUGUUACGAUACGGCUAAACAUCGGGCUAGGAGACAAAAGUUUAUUAUGACGGAAGAACAUUGCUGGGAAAAUUUUGAAAAUACCACUUCAUGUGUAUGCCAUCAGUUUAUAAAUAAUGAAGUUUCUGCUAAUCAUAGAUGUAGAAACUUUCAACAUAAUUCAACUGAUUCAACUUCUUCAAAUGCAAUAUCUGGGGAUUCACCAUGUUCUGAUCUUUCUAUUCCUAAUUCAUGUCAAUUUUCUUGUACGUCAACAACAAAAGAUAUUCCACCAACAGCACUACGACGACCACCACCUGUUCCACCUCAUUAUUCCGUUACUCGUCGACAGGAUGGAGACAAGAAUUUAGAAAUAGAUAAAAAUAAUAAUGAAGUUCUAACUACUGAACGAACAAAAUCUGACUCGCAUUUGGAACAGAAAUCGCUAUCUGGAAAUGAUAUUUGUUUUGUCGAUGCUAAUGUAGAUUCGGAACAUGAAUCAAUAUCCUUUCAGAUUUUAAAUCUUCACCACCGUUUUAAGGCUUCAAAUGAAUGUAUUGACUGUGAAUCCAUCCGCAGUUAUUCCAAUAUAUUUUACAGCUCAUUGCCAUUAGAUGAAACAAAAGAGAUAGAAAAACUAGAUCGAAAGGAAUCAGCUUUUCAAAUGAUUGAUCAUGAUAAUGACAAUGAUGAAAAAUGUGAUAAGAAAAACACAUAUGAAACAGAUUUGUGCACAGAGCAGACAUUCAAUAAUGCUUUGCUUGGAAGUAGUCUUAAUGAAACAAAUAGAUUCAUAAUCGGGGAGGAGCCCUACGGUGUGGAAGAAAUCGAGGUUUACGAAUCAGAAAAAGUGUCUGAUAUUAUCUCUACUAAUAGGACAUGUCAGCCUGUCACUGAGAUGGAGAUUAGUUCACAAAAUCAUUUAUCUUUAAUAAGUUCAACUAAUUGGCAAAUAUUUUGUUGUAUUAGCGAAGCGGCAUUUACGUCAAAUAUCACAGAUUCAUCAUCAACUGGUCUGCAGAUUUGCUUGGCUCAACCAGAAUUGGAUGAGGAUACUCAUCUAACUGAAUCAAUACAAGCUGAUCAAAACGAAUCACAUACUUCCGAAGCUACUCAAAAGCCUAUAUUUCCUGAUAACAGUUCAAAUGUUUCACAAUCAACUUCAUCCGUUGAACUGAAAAGCAUAUCUGAACUGUUAUCAAAUGACGAAAACAUAACCACUACCUCAGAACUCCAAUCGGAAUCAGUUGGUCCACAAAGAGGCCGUACUGUUACAAGAUGCAAUGUUGUCCAAAGUAGAACAAAGCGCUCUGCAGUUCACUCAGGAAGACAGUCAGCAGCGAGCUUGAAAAACUCUCCUAAACUUCUGGCUAUCAACAGAAACCUAGAACCCGCAAUUACUCCCAGUGACACAAGUUCUCCAGAUGAUGGGACCGGAUUUCAAAACCCCAAUCCCCCAGUUUGUCUAGUUUCUCGACAUUCCCCAAGUUGCCGUAACAGAAUUCGUAUGCGUGAUGAACAAAUUAUUGCUAGGUUAAGGACAAUUGUUAGUCAAGGUAAACCUUCAGAAAAAUAUGAAACCCUUGGACGUAUUGGUCAUGGAGCUUCGGGUGUUGUUUAUAUCGGCCGAGAACUUCAGUCUGGGUGUCGUGUAGCUAUUAAACAGAUGAGUCUACGACAACAACCUAGAAAAGAAUUAAUCCUCAACGAAAUUUUGGUUAUGAGAACAUAUCGAAAUCCAAAUGUAGUCAAUUACUUAGAUAGUUAUUUACUAGGAGAUGAAUUGUGGGUCGUAAUGGAAUAUUUAGAUGGUGGUUCAUUAACUGAUGUUAUUACAGAAACAUGUAUGAGUGAAUCACAUAUUGCCACAGUUUGUCGUGAAACUUUACAAGCUUUAAAAUUUUUGCAUAGCAAACAUGUAAUACAUCGUGAUAUAAAGUCUGAUAAUAUACUCUUAGGGUUAGAUGGUUCUGUAAAAUUAACAGAUUUUGGAUUUUGUGCACAAUUAUCUGCUAAAAAUGAUGAUUUUAAACGAACUACAAUGGUUGGUACACCUUAUUGGAUGGCACCUGAAGUAGUUAGCAGAAAACAAUAUGGUCAUAAAAUUGAUAUUUGGUCAUUAGGUAUAAUGACAUUAGAAAUGUUAGAAGGUGAACCACCUUAUUUAAGUGAAAAUCCUUUAAAAGCAUUAUAUUUAAUAGCAACUAAUGGUAAACCAGAUUUUCGUAAAGAUAAUCUUAGUCCGGAAUUAUUGAACUUUCUUGACAGAUGUUUAGAAGUGGAUGCUCAAUCUCGUGCUAAUGCAUCUGAACUAAUUGAACACCCGUUCAUACAACAGAAUGCUCGCCCAGUGAUAACUUUGAUUCCACUCAUUCUAUUAGCACGAGAACAAGCUCGUUCUGUUACAGAAUCAUAA